AUAGUGUAUCAUUAUCUUUGUUUAAAUAAUUACAUGAUUGUUGAUGACGUGAAGAAUUUUUGUUCUGUUACUAGAGGUUUGACACCAAGAAAUCAGCUGUGAACUUUUAAUAUUAGGUGAAUGAAGACUCCCUGAAUAACCUGAAGAGGGAGCUAGAAGGUUGGCGUGAAGUUCUCAUACGCCUGGAGCGAGUGUUUAACUGGGACAAGCCCUAUCAUCCGGCUGUACUGGUCGCUGUCACCACACUGGUCUUCGCAGCAAUAUGGUACUUGCAACCAUCAGUGCUGACCAGUCUGGCCUUGGCUGGCCUUGUGCUCAGCCUGAUAGACUUCCUGGUGCCGAUCAUAGGACCAAGACUUAUGGGACAGGAGGAAUGGACAGGAGAACAGGAGAAGAAGUAUGAGGAGAUCUGUGAGAGGUUCAUGCAUAUCCAAGUUUACUUUAUGUCCUUCAAACAGGCCAUGUCUGGUCUAAAAGCUGACAAACCUAAGAUGUAUUUCUGUGUGGUCAUGGGCUGCCUGCUGAUAUUUGCCUGGCUGGGGAGUCUUGUGGACAAUCUCUUCCUCACUUACUUCCUGGUGACAAUCUUGUGCUUGUUGCCUGGCCUCCGUCACCAUGGUAUUAUACAGAAGUACUUACGAGGCAUUUGGUUUGUAUUAAAACGGCUGAUCUUUGGAAAGCCCAAAAAGGAGCCAAAGAAGGCAGAUUAGACCUUGCUGGACAUGUCUGCAGACAGUUUCCUCAAUCUGGUUUGCGUAACUUCCUUCUUAGAUGUGCUUCACAUCCAUUCAUCCCCAGCCAGUUUUAUACAGUUUCUUUCCAUUCAUAUUUUAGUGCAAUGGUCAGUUACAUGUGUUUUAAGUCUGUCAUUUAAGCUGUUGACAAUCUUGUUGAUACUGGGGCUGACCAGUAUGUAGUUACAGCUGUAACCAUGUCUCUAUGUCUUGUCUGUGAUAGUCCAAUCUUUGUGCCGAUUGGUCAGAUUUUUAUUCAGAACUGUCUGUGGUGGUUCGCAGGUUACCUCUCAUCAUUACAUGUUCUUUGUCUACCUGCAAAUUGCUUGGGCUACAGCUAUGUGUACUGGUGGAAUGGGCAAGUCUUCACAGGGGACUUACAUGUAUGGUCACCAAAGGGCAAAACAGCUUUGCAUUUAUGCAAGAACUCUUGUUUAUUGAGUAACAUUUUAAGCAUAUAUAAAACUAUAACUUUAUCUUUCAAAAUCAGAGAAUUUCUGUAUAGCACAUUUUAAAACUGUGAUAGAAAUGUCUGUUUCAGUAGAGUGUCUUGGGGGCAGAUUUUUAUCUGAAUCUAUUUUUAAACAUAACAAAGUUUUAUGCAUGGAUUUAUUAAUUUCUGUAGCUGUUUUACUGCUCAGUAAACCCAUAGAUUUUUGCCAAUAAUUUGUGCUGGGCAUUGUGGUAGAGAUGUGUUUAAUUUGCUUAUAUGUAUUUUGGGGCAGUGCUGUUACUGAAGAUUUUGUUAUUAGUUUUUUUCUCUUAUUACUGUUAAAUUCUUUUGGAUGUGUAAAUGUGUGAUUUGUAUGCACAAUGCUUGUCUAGCAGCAGUGAUGAGAAUUAAUCAACAAAAAUGGUUCUUUUGUUGUAAAGUCCAUGAAAAAUACACUCUGCUGAACCAGUAAUCAACAAAAACUUUAUUUUAUUUAUAUUUAAGUGUAUGAACAAUACACUUUUCUGAACUGUGUAGUGUUUUAGAUGAUCAUAAUAUAUGUGGUGAUUUAUGUUGUUACUAAACACAUGUAGUACAUUAUUAUUAAGAUGAUUGUGAAAUCCUGUUCUCAUCCUGUUCAGAUGACUUGUAUAUGGCCUGAAAACUAGCAUGUUCAUUCACCGUACAGAAGUGUUACCAUGUAGUUGAUGGAAUAUCAGUCACAGUGUCUGGUGUGUACAUGCUCUAAAAGCACCAUUGACAUUGGCACAUGAAGCAUAUUGUUGUCUAAUACAUGUACUGCUAAAACAGUACUCUGUAAUGCUAUCAGUUUAUAGACAGAUGUUAAGAGAAUUGUUUUUUCCAUGUAUUUAAUCAAAUUUUUCGAUGUAAAUUUGGAUGGAGUUUUCAAAUUAACAUUGACCUGUAAUCUCAUUUAAUGCGCUGGUCAGUCACAAAGGCAGUUUGCUGGACUAAGAGAGAAGGCAUAUCAAACCUGUUUCAUUUGUUGUCUAUCAUGCAUGUUGUUGUUGUAUUCUGUUGUUCCCAUGCAGUUGUCUUGGAAACAGAUUCCCACAUUAUUCUGUACUGUGCUAUUAUUGUGACAGUAGAUUUUCAUGUCAAUCCUAAUUUAUUGUGCAUUUCUUGUUAACUUGUUAAGUGUCUUGUAUUAUUUACACAUGCACCAUUUCACACCAUACAUAUCUAUUGACUAGAUGCUACAUUUCCCUGGAAAUGUGCUGUUGAUGGGAUAUCCUGUUUAGUGAUGAAUACGUUCGGUACCAGUACGUUAUGGUAGAGAUCCAGUUAAUACAUGUCGGUUAAUUACAGUAAUUACAUAAGUAAAAGACUAACUACCACACCACAAAGUACUUGAACACAACUAGACCAGAUCAACAGAGCUAGUGUAAACAAAUGACUAACACAAAGCCCAGCAUUUAAGCUUUGUGUCGUUACCAGAUAUGUCAAAUACAUGCAUUAGCCAGGGAGCACUUGUGCUUAUAUUUUAUCAUGUAAUCCUUAGAACAAGGACUGGUCUGAAAAAAGAAAAGAAUUGAAGUACUUUGAAGAUGAUGUUUAAAGAUUUCUGUGGGUGAGACAGUGGCUAGGUAUUGGUGCUGUACAUAACAAAGAUCGAUCUGCUCCAGACCCCUGUACUCUGGGUCAUCUGUGCGCCCUGUGUCAAGAGAAUAACCCUGUUGGGUAUAGGUCAGUCUCACUAAGAUCUAGUAGCUGCUUACUAUGCUCACUGACUUGUUGCUUACUAGACCUGAAGAAGUACAAAAUCUCCGCUGUUCUCUGUUGGUCAAAUUGAGUUCUUGCCACUGCACGUGGGGAAGAGAGGUGAGCUUUGUAACACAUUUGUGUAUUGAAAUGAAGAUUCAGAAUGGUAACAAGAUUUGACCUUUCUAACCCAAGAGGCAUCAUCGGACUGGCUGGUGUUACCAAAGAUUUAGUUUAGCAACAGGCCAGUAUACCUGUAGGCAGAAGCUACAAAUUCUGAAUUUAGUGAGAUUGGGUACAUUUUGGUGUAACCUGGGAUAUGACUUGAUGAAAAAAAAAAUGUUGAAAAAUGUCCCCCUUAGCAGCUGCAGAAAAUCUUUUGAUGUGUGCAUGUCUCUUAUAACAACCAUCUCUCUUAAGGAAUGAUCUAUUUUUGCAUGUUUUUGUUGUUUAAAGGAGAAUGGUUCCUGAUGUUUUAUCAUAAUAGUCGAGGUAUAUUUACUGUGCAGUUAUACAUAAUAGUAGAACUAUUUAUAAGGGUGUUACAGAGUUGUGUGGAACUAUAGUGAAUGCAUGAUCUUUUACUAUCCUGAUAUUCCAGCUGGAGUUCUUUUUCCUGUUGUCAUAUGAAGGUUUUCUUCUGCUGAAUAAAAUGGACAUUUUACU